CGACUGUUUACAUCUGCACGUGGCGGAAGCGGUUUUACUGUGUCAACUUUUUCCUGAAUAUUUACAUAAUACAGCGAUGACAGCUUGAAAGAGCGUGAAAGAGUGAAGUCGCUUGUUGGGGGUGAAUCUGCGGAGGGGUGUGCGGCUUGUUUUGUGUCAGAUUAAUACGGAUUCUACCGGUGAACGACGUGAAGCGGUGCGGUCCAUUCGCACACAGCGGCGGUGAAGGGUGGUCACAGCGGGGAGAAGCUGAAUGAAGAGCCGGGUCAACAUUUUUCCUGGAAUAAGAAUAAAAGAACCAGCUGCUGUGGAUCCUUGCCAUGGAUAAAGAGUUGACACCUUUGGACUGCCUGCUGCCCUCUGGCACGCUGAAGAUCUGUCUGAUCAUCCUCAACCAGCCUCUGGAUGUGAGCCACCUGCACAUCCUGUGGAGUAAAGCUCUCUUGAGGGCAUGUGCUGAUGGAGCUGCCAAUCACCUUUAUAACAUCACCGCUGGAGAACGUGGCAGCUUCCUCCCCGACUAUAUCAGUGGGGAUUUUGAUUCCAUUACUGCCAAGGUCAAAGCUUUCUAUGCGGACAAGGGUUGCAAGCUGAUAGAAACAGCCAACCAGGAUCUAACAGACUUCACCAAGUGUCUGGCAAUCAUGCUGGAGGAGAUUCAGACAAGACGGUUACAGGUGGAUGCUAUAGUGACCCUGGGCGGUCUGGCGGGCAGAUUUGACCAGACCAUGGCAUCUGUCGAGACGCUCCACCACGCUCUGUCCAUGACACAGCUGCCCGUGUUGAUCAUACAGGGGACGAGCCUGGCACAUCUACUCCGACCUGGCAGCCACCGACUUGGAAUGAACACAGGUCUGGAGGGGGACUGGUGCAGCCUCAUCCCAGUGGGGGGGCCGUGCCAAACAAUCACCACCGGGCUCAAAUGGAACCUGAACAACCAGGUCCUGCAGUUUGGGAAGCUGGUGAGCACAUCCAACACCUACGAGCCCGUCCCCCCUGGAAACCCCAGGAAGCCUGUCACUGUGACCACAGACCAGCCUCUACUGUGGAGCAUGGGCAUCCAGACAAAUAGAGAGUAGCACAGAAAAGGUUUGCUUUCUCAGUUAGUGUUUGACCAAUCAGAACAUAACACAGGGAAUUCCGCAUCUCUGCUACAAUUCAGUCACUGGUUUUCUAUAUUUUGAAAAUUUGAAGUACAAAAAGAAAAUCAUGACAGAUAUCUCACUGAAGUGCUUUUGCAUGACUUGGCCCACAAGUAAUUCAAAACAGAACCAAAAUGUCCCAGACAAUGCUCUUCUGCUAGAUCAUUGUUUUUUUCAGUGAUGGGAUGAAUUCAAAAUGUAUCAGAGUAGUUUUGUCUCUGCAGUUGAAAAUGAACCUCAUACAGCUGGUCCAUUUCAAGUACUGAGUACUGAGAUGACAGCAUAUUGUAGAAACAUGUGCAGGAUUCCACUUCAACAUGUGCCUUCUGUAUCAUCCUUUUUCACUGAUUAAAAAGUAUUUCCACCUUUCUUCUUCAGGUUAAAAAAAAAUCUAGACUAUAAUGUAGCGAUGGCAAAAUGCUGUUUGCACAGACGGGACAAAUCAAAGUGUGGGUUUUCAUUUGUUUUAUUUACACAGCAAAUACAAAUGUUGUGCACAGAACGUAAAAAUUGCCAUCCCCCUUCAGUCCCGAUCACGUCAGCCCCAUAUCACUUUACAGCACCGUCACCCGUCCCCAGGUAUUGAAAAACGAUUUUCUCUGUCCAGAUUUAACCGCCACUGGAAGAAAGAAAGAAAGUGUUGUUAGGGACAAGAAAUCAAAAUGUGGCCGAUACUUUUUUUUAACAGUAAUAUUCACAUUUUUUUAAUGACCCAGCUUUCGCAUUAAAAUCACCAUUGAUGAACCACUCAUGCCAAUCUCCUUCGAUAGGGACAAUCCGACUCCUCAAGGUCAGAAUAGUGUAUAUUCUGACACCCUUUACAAUAGAUUAAUUGUAUUUGAAUGCUUUAAAUCUUUUACGCAUAAAAUACUAAAUAUUUUCUGUAAUAUUCGUCAGCUGUAUAAAUUGUGAUGUGAAAUGAACACCAGGUACCCGGAUGAGAUGCUGCUAUUCUACCACUUGUAACAAAAUGAACUGUCUUAUGCAAGAGAGAAUAACUCAUUUGUUUUGUUAUUAAUCGUAUACCUUAAUAAAUAAAUGUGCAAGUUCUACUGACAUUUUAGUGGAAAGUCCUCAA